GUAACAUCUGGUGCUUGAACUCCGCGCAUACGUAGUUUUAGCACGCUAGCUAGCCAGCUAACUGCGCUAGCUAAAGAAGAAAGGCCGCCGAGUUGACCCAGCGUCAGUUAUUCCAACUGAACGAAUCGCCCUGGCAGAUUACAGCUGACAUUCAGUAGCUGGACCGAAAAACCUUCACCGUAAAGACGAGAACACCGAAAAAGGAUGGCUCUGAAAAGGAUUCACAAGGAACUUAAUGACCUGGCUCGUGACCCUCCAGCACAGUGCUCAGCUGGCCCAGUGGGUGAUGACAUGUUUCACUGGCAGGCCACAAUCAUGGGACCAAGCGACAGUCCAUAUCAGGGAGGAGUUUUCUUCUUGACAAUUCAUUUUCCAACAGACUACCCCUUCAAACCACCCAAGGUUGCAUUCACAACAAGAAUUUACCACCCAAAUAUUAACAGUAACGGCAGUAUCUGUCUGGAUAUUCUCAGAUCACAGUGGUCUCCAGCACUUACUAUUUCUAAAGUUCUUCUCUCCAUUUGCUCACUCCUAUGUGACCCAAACCCCGACGACCCACUAGUGCCAGAGAUUGCACGAAUCUACAAAACAGAUAGUCAGAAGUACAAUAAACUAGCUCAGGAGUGGACAACAAAAUAUGCCAUGCUUUAGGAUACAUCAAAAUGGCAAAAGAAUGGACACAGAAGUAUGCAAUGUGAUGACAUCGUUUGAAGAGCAGGUGGAAAUUGUUGCUGG